AUGUUUGCGCUCCUGCUUUGCAUCUUGACGCUGCGGCAGGUUCACUCUGCCUGCGUUCUGGUGAACGUUUGCCCAGAAAACGCAGUGGUUCAGGCUGAGAUCGUUGACCGACACAAUGCCCUGAGGAGAGCGGUUGAGCCGUCAGCGUCUGACAUGCUGAUGAUGAACUAUAGUGAUGAGGUGGCAGCCAGUGCUCAGGCCUGGGUGGACAAAUGCAUUCUGGCUCAUGGAGCACCCAGCACCCGUAUGCUCAAGGGAUAUCAAUUAGGUGAGAAUCUGUUCUAUUCGUCCGCACCGUACCCGUGGACGGCCGUCAUCGAUGCCUGGCACAGCGAGGUGGCACACUACCUGUAUCCCAACGGAUCCACCAACGGACAGGCUAUCGGUCACUACACACAGGUGGUGUGGAACAGCUCUUAUAAAGUCGGCUGCGGAAUGGCGGUAUGCCCCAACAACAUCUAUUUCUAUGGCUGCCACUACUAUCGAGCAGGAAACUUCAGGAGAUGGCCGCCUUAUAAAGUGGGACCCGCGUGUGCUUCCUGCCCCGGUGCCUGUGUAGACAAACUAUGCACCAACCCUUGUCCUUACAUAAAUAAGUACAUCAACUGUCCCACGUUGAAAGCCACGACUGGAUGUGGCAACAAGCUGGUGUAUGCCUGGUGUCCGGCUGCAUGUAAAUGCAUCGACAAAAUCAUUCCAAUAGCCUGAAGAUAACUCUACCAGUCGGAAAAUGUUUGACCUCGACAUCAUCUUCAUUUGGUUCUCUGUCUGUGAAGUAAGCCAAUACUAUGUAAGCUGUUUUAGAAUAUAAUAAUGAC